UGCCAGACUGCGUCGGGUCAUGGACUGUCGCGACGCCUUAAAUCCUCGCUCGACCGUGCAGCACUACCUCAAUCUCAUCCCUUCGCUCGUCUCGCCCAACUCCUUUCUCAACCUCCCUGUCCCGCCGCGUACUUCCCUCCCUGCGCAAACGCCCUCGCCCUCCACCUCCACCUCCACCACCAUGGACAAACAGCAACCUAGCUCCUUCCAGCAGCUGGAAAAGCUCGGAGAGGGCACCUAUGCCACCGUGUUCAAAGGGCGUAAUCGCCAGACGGGCGAACUGGUCGCGCUGAAGGAGAUCCACCUCGAUUCCGAAGAAGGAACGCCAUCCACCGCCAUCCGCGAGAUCUCGCUAAUGAAGGAGCUCAAGCACGAGAGCAUUGUCUCGCUUUACGAUGUCAUUCACACGGAAAACAAGCUGAUGCUGGUCUUUGAAUUCAUGGACAAGGAUCUGAAGAAGUACAUGGACACCCGCGGGGAUCGGGGUCAGUUGGACCAGGCCACCAUCAAAUCCUUCAUGCAUCAACUCCUCAAGGGCAUUGCCUUCUGCCAUGAGAAUCGGGUCCUUCACCGCGAUCUGAAGCCCCAGAAUCUCCUCAUCAACAAGAAGGGACAGCUGAAACUGGGGGAUUUCGGUCUGGCCCGCGCCUUUGGCAUCCCUGUCAACACGUUCUCCAACGAGGUGGUGACCUUGUGGUACCGCGCUCCCGAUGUGCUCCUGGGUAGCCGGACAUACAACACCAGCAUUGACAUCUGGUCGGCGGGAUGUAUCAUGGCCGAACUCUACACGGGUCGCCCGCUGUUCCCCGGAACCACUAACGAGGACCAGCUCAUGAAGAUCUUCCGUCUAAUGGGCACGCCGUCAGAGCGCUCGUGGCCGGGCAUCUCCCAGCUGCCGGAGUACAAGCCGAAUUUCCAUGUGUAUGCGACGCAGGAUCUUGGCCUGAUCCUCCCCCAGAUCGAUAGCCUUGGUCUGGAUCUUCUGAAUCGGAUGCUCCAGCUGCGACCCGAGAUGCGCAUCAGUGCCCAUGAUGCACUGCAGCACCCGUGGUUCCACGACCUGCCGCAACUCCAGGCGCAGCUGCAGCAACAGCACCAGCAACAGAUGGCUGGGGCGUAUGGCGGAAUGGUUCCCCCGCAGCAGGCAUAUUAAGCCGGCACGCUUCUCUCUUUUUUCCUUUCCUUUCCUUUUUUUCUUCGUCUUUUCUUCUUCGAGCACUGUUUUUUUUAUGUAUAGCCUGUCUUCUGCCCUGGCAUUUCGUUAACUGCUCCUUUCGGUGGAAGGACAUGACGAGCAACGGAUUCGGUUUUAGAAUGGGGAGAGCGCGGCGUUUGACUCCAAGAAGGACAUCGAGAUAAUCUGGCUUCCUGUUUCUUUCAGUACAUCUUGAGUUAUGCGAGAGGAUCAUUGGCAUUUCAUAAAUACAAGUUGGACAUUCUAUUAUGCAUCACUCGCCGUUCCGCGGUAUUCUGUGCGCUGCUCCGUCCUUGAGCAUAAGACCAGAAGUGAAUAAUGAUCUUACAACCCUCUCAGGUGAACAGCCCUGGCUUCCACCAGGAAA